AUGGCUUUGCAGAACAUUGGUGCUUCCAACCGCGAUGAUGCCUUUUACAGGUAUAAGAUGCCGAGGAUGAUGACCAAGAUUGAAGGUAGAGGCAAUGGUAUCAAGACUAAUGUUGUCAACAUGGUUGAGAUCGCUAAGGCCUUGGGGAGACCUGCUGCUUACACCACCAAGUAUUUUGGUUGUGAGCUUGGUGCGCAGUCCAAAUUCGACGAGAAGACAGGAACCUCCCUUGUGAAUGGGGCACACGACACUUCCAAGCUUGCGGGGCUCCUUGAGAACUUCAUCAAAAAGUAUGUUCAGUGUUAUGGAUGUGGGAAUCCUGAAACCGAGAUACUCAUCACGAAGACGCAGAUGCUUCAGCUGAAAUGCGCGGCUUGCGGGUUUAUCUCAGACGUUGAUAUGAGGGACAAGCUCACCUCGUUUAUUCUGAAGAAUCCUCCAGAGCAGAAGAAAUCUUCAAAGGACAAGAAGGCGAUGAGGAGAGCUGAGAAAGAAAGGCUGAAGGAAGGUGAAGCGGCUGAUGAGGAGAUGAAGAAACUCAAGAAGGAGGCUGCUAGUAAGAAGAAAGCAACGACCACGGGUACUUCAAAAGACAAAGCUUUGAAGAAGAAAGAUCAUUCCCCACCUCCAAGCCAAUCUGAUGAAAAUGAGCAAGCAGACAGUGAGGAAGAUGAAGACGAUGAUGUCCAGUGGCAGACGGAUACUUCCCGGGAGGCUGUUGAAAAACGAAUGAAAGAGCAGCUCAGCGCUGUAACAGCUGACAUGGUGAUGCUGUCGACAAUUGAAGAAAAGACCAAAGCUGUUGAGGAGAAGAAGUCACCAGAAGUUCAUGAAAAGCCAGUGAAGCUGCAUGAGAACGGCAAUAGCAAGAUCCCUGAAAAUGCUCAUGAAAAGCUUGUGAGUGAGAUAAAGGAGCUUCUGAGCAACGGUUCUUCUCCUUCCCAACUUAAAACAGCCUUAGCUUCAAACUCGGCAAUUCCACAGGAGAAGAUGGAUGCUCUAUUCUCUGCCCUUUUUGGAGGCGAAGGCAAGGGAUUUGCUAAAGAAGUAGUCAAAAAGAAGAAAUAUCUCGUGGCCAUGAUGAUGAUGCAAGAAGACGCGGGAGCUCCUCAGCAGAUGGUUUUGCUUAACGCAAUAGAAUCUUUCUGUGUGAAGGCGAACGCAGAGGCUGCCAAAGAAGUUGCUCUUGUUAUCAAAGGGCUUUACGAUGAAGACCUUUUGGAGGAGGAAGUGAUUUUUGGGUGGUACAAGAAAGGCAUCAGAAGCUCCCCGGUGAUGAAGAACGUGACUCCGUUCAUUGAAUGGCUCCAGAACGCUGAGUCCGAGUCCGAAGAAGAGUGA